GUAGGUCACUUCAGGCCGGCUGGUACACUUGAAUUUACGUCACCAACAUGUGCCAAGUGUAUAGCAGUCUGCUGGUAUUCUCCUUAUUGGGUGUACUCGCACAGCCAGUGCUGACCCAAUUCUACGGAUAUGGACAAGGUUACCCGAACAUGAUGGACCUUCUGUAUAAUCCAGAUCUGUACAAUAACUAUUAUAGACCAUACUUUGGUUACCCUCAACCCUCACCGAUGAAUUACUAUCGACCGCAAAUACAGACCGUACAGCGUCCCGUACCAAUUCCCAAGCCACCCAAUAGUCCUAGCGCGAACGUCAUAGGAAUACCAAAUGCGGAGGAGUACGAUAAGAAGCCAACUGUUAAAGAUAGUACUUGCACAUGCAACAACUAAGCUGGCGACAUUGGCAAAAUUACAUCACACAAAAUUUCAAAAAACCAUUGAGUCGCUGCCAUAGGCUCUAAACGUUUGCCUAUACAGUAAAAAAAUUACGUUCUUUAGAGAAAUGUAGCGGUUUAUCCUCAAUUCCAAAAAAAGUAUUUUGUAUGUUGUUAUAUUAAUUUAAUAAAAUAUUUAAUUUGA